AGCCCGGGCUCAAGAGCUGAUGCAUCCCAGCAGCCCUCGUCCAUAGCAACAGGAAACCUCGCUAUAUAAAGCGCCGUCGCAGGGGAAACCUCACAAGUGUCUCGCAGCCGCAGCAUGUUCAGGUCCGAGAGCCUGAGAGCGAGGACUUAACAAAACCAUGCGCAGCUCAAUCGUCGAGCCGCUCAACACACAGCGCUUCAUCAUGGACAGUGAUGACAGGAAGAGAAACAAGAACAUUGGAAAGAACUUCAUGUGCCGACUCCAGUGCAUGUUCACACAUCCCUCCGGCUCCGAGAGGCUAAGUUUAGAAGAUACCCAACAAUGGUCACAGUCACUGGAGCGACUUCUGGAAUCUAAAUACGGACUCGCCACCUUCCGCACCUUCCUUAAGUCCGAAUACAGCGACGAGAACAUUGAGUUCUGGCUCACGUGCGAGGACUACAAGAAGAUCAAGUCCUCCUUCAGGAUGUCCUCCAAAGCCAAGAAGAUCUACGAGCAGUUCAUCAAAGCGGAAUCUCCCAAAGAGAUCAACAUCGACUAUCACACCCGAGAGCAGAUCAAGAGGAACAUCAAGACUCCCACCAUGCACUGCUUCGACGACGCUCAGAAGAUCGUUUACGGGCUGAUGGAAAGAGACUCGUACCCGCGGUUCCUCCGCUCGGACAUUUACAGAACUCUGCUGGAGAACCUGGCCGCCGACGCCACCAAGGGAUGAGCGCGUUCAGGGCGAAGGAGAAAAGACUGCGAAGCCGAAACUGGAAUGUUUGAGCUCCUUCAGGAGGAAGGACGAGUGGCGCACGCAAGGUGGACACGCACGCACGCACGCACACAGACACACACAGACCUCAGCACCAGAAGAAGACGCCGGCACCGAGCACCAGUCGCCUCAACAAGGACCCUGUAGCGUGUGUUUGCACGGGACAAGUCUGCCAGCGUUUGUCUUGAGCACUUUGACCAUGAAUGAAUCACCAGAGACGCAGAGCUGCGUAAUCGACCAUGCAACCGACCUCCUCUGGGCCUCGUGUGCAAGUGUUUCCUGUGCAGAUGAGACGCAGCAGUCGCUGCACCCGCUGCGAGAGAGAGUGUGUGUGUGUGUGUGUGUGUGUGUGUGUGUACGUGUGUGUGCGUGUGUGCGUGCGUGCGUACAUGUGUGUGUGUGUGUACGUGUGUGUGUGUGUGUGUGUGUGUGUGUGUGUACGUGUGCGUGCGUGCGUGCGUGUGUGCGCGCGUGCGUACGUGUGCGUGUGUGUGUGUGUGCGUGUGUGCGUGCGCCUGUGUGUGUGUGAGACGACGUACUAAACCGCAGAAUAAGCUGCUGCAGUGAUCGCCCUCCGUCAGCAGCUCGGAGGUCAGAGACUCCGCCGACGGGCGACUCGGCGCCGAUACGUCCUCCAGCGUCUGCAGAGGAACACUUGGUUCUGCAAGAAGCUUCCUGGGAGCCUUUACACCAGAUUCAUAAAUUUCCUAGAUCGGAUUCAUGCCGAGUUUUACAAACUUUUUGUGUUUGUUUGUUAGUUUUGCAUUCAGGCUGACUCAGCAUAUUUAAGCUUAUUUAACACAAAGUCUUCUUCAAAGGCUUCUCUUCCAGUUAAAAACACAGCAUGGCUUUAAUUCACAUUUCCGAGCGGGAUGUGAAGCGAACCCUGCGCCACAGCAGCCCAUUUAUGGCCAGUGACAUCUACUUUAAUUCCUCAACACACGACCGCUGGCCGACGUCUGAACCAAAUUCUUAGCGCACUGAAGUGUCAACAGUUGUGGUUUUACAUAAUAAUCUAUUGGAGUGGAAACGUAGACGUAGGAUGAUUCACGCUGUACGAUAGGACUUGUCUUGUAUAUCCUGAGAAAACGCCUUGUUACUGCCUUCAAGCACGUUUGAAUGUAUCCAAGCGAGUUAUUAGUUACGUUAACUUAAAAGGAAAACGUCGUAUUAUUUAUUGUUGACUGCCACCAAUUGAGUUCAACAUUUGUUGCAGUGUUAAAGAGCUUGUUAUAAAGUUAGUGAUUUGAACGACAUUAAAUUAUUUGACUUGGA